GUCUGCAUUGAAAGAAAAAGAGAGAGAUGAUUAGCAAAACAGAGGAGAGCCAACUGAAUAGGCUUGAAAACCAGGUUGACAAUGGAGGAGGUGGUGCUUGGGAGUAUCUUUGCCUUGUCAGGAAGCUCAAAGUUAGGCGUUCAGAGAAAGUCUUGAAGCAUGGCUUAUCAAUCUUAAAUGACGCCAAACAAAGAUCUGCUCUUGGCCCUGAAGAAUGGACUCUAUAUGAGCAGCUAGCACUUGCUGCUAUGGAUUGCCAUUGUCCAGAUGUUGCAAAGGAUUGCAUAAAGGUUUUACAGAAGAAAUUUCCAGAGAGCAAAAGGGUUGGCAGGCUGGAGGGCAUGUUGCUUGAAGCUAAGGGAUCCUGGGCUGAGGCAGAAAAAGCUUACUCAAGCCUUUUAGAGGACAAUCCUCUUGAUCAAGUAAUACAUAAGAGGAGAGUAGCCAUGGCAAAGGCUCAGGGAAAUGUCUCAGGAGCUAUUGAGUGGCUUAAUAAAUAUCUUGAAAUAUUUAUGGCGGAUCAUGAUGCUUGGAGAGAACUUGCGGAGAUAUAUGUCUCCCUACAAAUGUACAAGCAAGCGGCAUUCUGCUAUGAGGAGCUUAUUUUAUCUCAACCUACAGUUCCAUUAUUUCAUUUGGCCUAUGCUGAUGUGCUUUACACACUCAGUGGACUAGAAAACCUUCAGACUGCCAAGAAAUAUUAUGCGUCCACUAUAGACUUGACUGGGGGUAGGAACACCAGAGCACUUCUUGGAAUUUGCUUGUGUACCUCUGCCAUAGCACAGCUUUCAAAAGGAAGAAACAAGGAAGACAAGGAGAGUCCAGAGCUCCAAUCUUUGGCAGCAACAGCCUUGGAGAAAGACUACAAGCAGAGAGCUUCUGACAAACUCAGCCUGCUUACUUCUGCUUUAAGAAGUUUGAAAAUUUAGGUAACACCAAUGGCAUUGAUCGAAGGCUUUCAUUAUUACCCAUACUGUAAAAUUGUAAAGUGUUUGAAGGUAAUUUUCAGAAAUGUUUCGGUCUUUAACGCAUUGGUGUUCAUGCGAUUUCCCCUUCUCUUUUUUCCAUUCUAGUCCUCUAUGUGGGGUCUUGAUGUAUCAUUCAGGAUCCUGCCAUAAAAACCAGAAAUUUUAUGAGAUAAAUUUUCCUUCCUCCAGCAUAAUAUUGGGUAAUCAUAUUAUCUGCUUGCAGUUUCCUUUUCUCCAUUUCGUUUUGGUACAUAACCCUAUCUCUUUCUGUUUAGCUUUUGUUCAUUUCUGAAUCUAAUUGAGGUAAGAGACCUGAAUGAUAAGAUUAGCAAAGUAGAGUUUGAAGCAAUGAUACAAUUAAACAAAGGUGUGAAGAGCUUGAACUUUCAGGAGAAGGGAUUGGAGUUGAUGAGAAGAUCAUGGACAAGUCAAAAAGAGAUUGAUAGGAUACAUGGUUUUUUGGAAGAACUUGAGCAGGCUAAGCUAGGGUUUGAGGAAGGGUUGAGAAAACUUAACUUGCAAGAAAAGAAACUUUUCUUGAUGGCUCAAGAAAGGUCUGAACAUGAAGCAAAACUCAAAAAAAUGAGAGGGAAUUUCAGGCAAAAGAGAAACAUUUUAAAGAACUUAUCAAGGGGCAUGGAUUCAGUGAAGAGUUUGAAGAAAUGGGUUCAUCAUAAGCUAGGGAUAAACGUUCUUCAACAGCUUUAGAUGAACCUGAAACACCCUGCACUAGAUCAAAAUCCAGAAUAAUGCAGGAUUGUAGUUUAAUCCAAAGCCUGAUUGAAAAGCUUAGUGCUUUAGAAUUCAGCAUGGCUGACAAGUUCUAACUACCACCUCUUCUCCAGGAUCACUCGAGGUAUGUAAAGAAAACCGCCAGGGAAUGCAAACAAAAGGAUGACUCUGUUCCAACUCAAAUUGUGGCUAUAAUAAAAGAGAUCGCCGCCCUGAAAGCAUGGAUCAAAUGUAUUCAACCUCGCAAGCUUGAAGCCGAUUUCCCUUUACCAAGAAAAUUAUAAGAAAACAGGACAAGAAGAAAGUUGAAUUGGAGAAGUUUGGACCAAGUACAAGGUCCAAGUCUAAAAUCUUGAAUCAGCCAAGUGAGGAAAACACUGAUGCCAUCUCCACUACAAGAGUGACUCGGCCCCAGAAUCAGGGAUGUAGAAAUGAGCGUGCCCGGAUCGCUUAGUGGCUUAGAUGCAAUAAAAUGUGUAGGGUUUGCUAUUUUGUGUGGAAUUUCAUGAAAAUCAUGUAAAACAUAUUUUUUAUUUUUGCCGUAUCCAUAUAAAUUAUUUUUCAUAUCUUUUUUCGUAUUGUAUUUAAAUUUCCCAAGUCUAAUUGCAAUGGACUUAUCCAAAUUGACCUAAAUUUUCAUUUCAUUCAAUG